CAAUUCCAUGACCACAUUGUGAUGUAUGUAUGUUGAACUUCUUUCGCAUCGUACAUAACCAACCGGCAUAAUCAGAGGUGAUGUGACUCGUUUCAGAAGCUUUGACCAACGUGUGACAUCGGUUGGAAGAUUUGAUAUUUUUCAACUACGCAGGAGCGGCAGCAUAGCGAUGUCUACACUUGACUAUGAACCAGCAACCUGAGUUCGGUUCCUGGCUAUGGCUAGCAGCCGUGGUGAGUGACAUCUGAACUGGUCCAGGGCCUCCCUUUCACUAGCCCACGCUGACCAGCGCGAUGAAGUAUGGUCAAUAAACUCCCUUGACCUACACGGCAUGGGGGAGGGCUUCAUCCAGCAUUGGAUUGACAAGGGCUGUAAUUGACAAGGGCUGCAAUUGUAAUAAUUAUAUUUGUAUACAUCUGCCAGCACAACAAGUUAAUUUUUUUAUAUAUAAAUGGUCAUUAUGUAAGCAUCAUAUUGGCACUAUCAUUGCUAUACAAUCACACAACAUAGUGCGUAAACACACCAUUAUCUGAAGGCAGACAGAGCAGUAUAGAUUGGGCAGAUGGAACAGGCAACAUUGACUCGCCAGCUUCUCAGCUUUUAUUUUGGAGUGGUAAAAAAAACUACGGAAACAAAGCGAGAAGACUAAUAACACUUGUAUGCAGCAGGAUACAGUGCUUAAUCAGGUGGGUGGGUAUUGUGAUGAUCACAAUGCACAAUGGAAGUCACGGCGUGGUGGCAGCGCUCGUCUUAGUUACUCAAACCACCGUGAACUACUGUGGCAGUCGAGCGUGGGAAUAUUCUCGUCUCUCGCGGUGGAAAUUCACCAUUCCCAUGGCAGGACCUGUCUCUGUAGGACAACUGAAAGGAUGGCCUUGAGACUCCGUACCAGUUCGAGUGAUCGGCAUUUUCUGUAGGUGACGUGAACGGUCUUUGUAUCGAAGGGUGUGACAGAUAUUCCCUUGACCAGUGUGAGCUUUCGAGUCUGGAGAGCCGCGGGCACAAGGUUGCACACGCCGCGGUAUGUGGACUUAUUUAGUGUCGGCAAGAGAGACCAGGCAGAGGCAGAGAGACCAACGACUGACUGCAUGAGAAGACAGGGGGCUGCUGAGACGAAUCCACAAUGGAAACUCCGACAUCUUCGCUGCUGCGCGCCGUUCUCCUGUGUCUCUGCACAGCCCCAUUGAUAUCAACAGAUAUGUCAACAAGUGAAGUGUCAACCACUGAACACCUAACAACAACUGAUUAUUGGACAACAGUAGAUACAACAAAAACUGAAGCUCUAACAAUAACUUCAGAACCAACUGCAAGUGAAUCCCCAAUAACUGAAUCCACAGCAACUUCAGAACCAACAACGGAAUCCCCGACAACAAUUGCAGAACCAACAACUAAAACUGAAUCUCCUACAACAACUGCAGAACCAACAACUGAAUCCCCUAUAACGACUGGAGAACCAACAAGUGAAUCCCCAACAAAAACUGAAUCCCCAACAAAUUCAGAAGCAACAAGUGAAUCCUCAACAAAAACUGAAUCCCCUACUACAGAGCAAACAACAAGUGAAUCCCCAAGAACUUCAGAAGCAACAAGUGAAUCCUCAACAAAAACUGAAUCCCCUAUUACAGAGCAAACAACAAGUGAAUCCCCAAGAACUUCAGAAGCAACAAGUGAAUCCGCAACAACUGUGGAAACAACUGAUUCCCCAUCAACUGCAGAACCAACAACAAAUGAAUCCCCAACAACAACUGAAUCCCCGACUACAGUGCAAACAACAACUGAAAUCCUAACAACUUCAGAAGCAACAAGUGAAUCCCCAACAAGUGAAUCCCCAACAACUGCACAGCCAACAAGUGAAUCCUCAACAACUGUGGAAGUAACAACUGAAUCCCCGACAAUAACUGCAGAACCAACAAGUGAAUCACCAAGAACAACCGCAGAACCAACAACGACUGCAGAACAAACAACAAGUGAAUCCCAAACAACAACUGCAGAGCCAACCAGUGAAUCCUCGACAACUGUGGAAACAACUGAAUCCCCAACAACUUCAGAACCAACAACAAGUGAAUCGCAAAAAACGACUGCAGAACCAACAACUGAAUCCCAAACAACAACACAACUAACUGCAACUGAAUCCCCAACAACUGAAUCCCCGACGACAGAGCAAACAACAACUGGAUCCACAACAACUGUGGAACCAACAACUGAAUCACCUACAACUGCAGAACCAACUACAAGUGAAUCCUCAAAAACAACUGCAGAAUCAACAACAAGUGAAUCUCCAACAACUGCAGAGGCAAGAAGUGAAUCCUCAACAACUAUGGAAGCAACAACUGAAUCACCGACAACUGCAGAAAUAACAACUGCAUCCCUACCAACAACUUCAGAAGCAACAAGUGAAUCCCCAACAACUUCAGAAGCAACAACUGAAUCCCUAACAACUGAAUCCUCGACAACUGCAGAACUAACAAGUGAAUCACCAACAACAACUGCAUCCCUAACAACAACUACAGAACCAACAAUAAGUGAAUCCCCAACAAAAACUGAAUCCCCGACUACAGAGCAAACAACAACUGAAUCCCUAAUAACUUCAGAAGCAACAAGUGAAUCCCCAACAACUGCACAGCCAACAAGUGAAUCAUCAACAACUGUGGAAGUAACAACCGAAUCCCCGACAACAACUACAGAACCAACAAGUGAAUCCCAAACAACUGCACAGCCAACAAGUGAAUCCUCGACAACUGUGGAAAUAACUCAAUCCCCAACAACUUCAGAACCAACAACGGAAUCCCCGAUAACAACUGCAGAACCAACAACUGAAUCCCCUACAACAUCUGCAGAACCAACAACUGAAUCCUCUACAACAAGUGAAUCCCCUACAACAACUGCAGAAUCAACAACUAGUAAAUCCUCAACAACAAAAACAGAGCUAACAAGUGAAUCCACAGCAAUAACUAAAGAACCAACAAUAACUGAAUCCUUGACCACUGCAGAACUAACAAGUGAAUCUCUAACACCAACUGCAGAACCAACAACGACUGCAGAACCAACAACAAGUGGAUUCUCAACAAAAACUGAAUCCCCUACUACAGAGCAAACAACAAGUGAAUCCCCAAGAACUUCACAAGCAACAAGUGAAUCCGCAACAACUGUGGAAACAACUGAUUCCCCAUCAACUGCAGAACCAACAACAAGUGAAUCCACAGCAAUAACUAAAGAACCAACAACAACUGAAUCCUUGACCACUGCAGAACCAACAACUGAAUCCCCUACAACAAGUGAUUCCCCAACAACAAUUGCAGAACAAACAACUGGAGAACCAACAACAAGUGAAUCCUCAACAACAACUGAAUCCCCGACUACAGAACAAACAACAACUGCAUCCCCAACAACUGCACAGCCAACAAGUGAAUCCUCGACAACUGUAGAAAUAUCUCAAUCCCCAACAACUUCAGAACUAACAACGGAAUCCCCGACAACAACUGCAGAACCAACAACUGAAUCUCCUACAACAUCUGCAGAACCAACAACUGAAUCCCCUACAACAAGCGAAUCCCCUACAACAAGUGAAUCCCCUACAACAACUGCAGAACCAACAACUAGUAAAUCCUCAACAACAAAAACAGAGCUAACAAGUGAAUCCACAGCAAUAACUAAAGAACCAACAAUAACUGAAUCCUUGACCACUGCAGAACUAAAAAGUGAAUCCCCAACAUCAAAUGCAGAACCAACAACGACUGCAGAACCAACAACUGAAUCCCCUACAACGACUGGAGAACCAACAACAAGUGAAUCCUCAACAAAAACUGAGUCCCUGACUACAGAGCAAACAACAACUGAAUCCCCAACAACGUCAGAAGCAACAAGUGAAUCCCCAACAACUUCAGAAACAACAAGUGGAUCCUCAACAAAAACUGAAUCCCUGACUAUAGAGUCAACAACAAGUGAAUCCCCAACAACUUCAGCAGCAACAAGUGAAUCCGCAACAACUUCAGAAGCAACAAGUGAAUCCUCAAAAACUGUGGAAACAACUGAAACCCCAACAACUGCAAAACCAACAACAAGUGAAUCCCCAACAACAACUGAAUCCCCGACUACAGAGCAAACAACAACUGAAAUCCUAACAACUUCAGAAGCAACAACUGAAUCCCCAACAAGUGAAUCCCCAACAACUGCACAGCCAACAAGUGAAUCCUCAACAACUGUGGAAGUAACAACUGAAUCCCCGACAAUAACUGCAGAACCAACAAGUGAAUCACCAACAGCAACCGCAGAGCCAACCAGUGAAUCCUCGACAACUGUGGAAACAACUGAAUCCCCAACAACUGCAGAACCAACAACUGAAUCCAAAACAACAACAACAACACAACUAACUGCAACUGAAUCUCCAACAACUGAAUCCCCAACAACUGCAGAACCAACAACUGAAUCCAAAACAACAACAACAACAACACAACUAACUGCAACUGAAUCUCCAACAACUGAAUCCCCAACAAUUGAAUCCCAGACUACAGAGCAAAUAACAACUGGAUCCGCAACAACUGUGGAAGCAACAACUGAAUCACCGACAACUGCAGAAAUACCAACUACAUCCCUACCAACAACUUCAGAAGCAACAAGCAAAUCCCCAACAACUUCAGAAGCAACAACUGAAUCCCUAACACUGAAUCCCCGGCAACAACUGCAGAACCAACAAGUGAAUCACCAACAACAACUGCAGAACCAACAACGACUGCAGAACAAACAACUGCAUCCCUAACAACUGCAGAAUCAACAACAAGUGAAUCCCAAACAACUGCAGAGGCAAGAAGUGAAUCCUCAACAACUAUGGAAGCAACAACUGAAUCACUGUCAACUGCAGAAAUAACAACUGCAUCCCUACCAUCAACUGCAGAACU